AUGCCAACACGAAGUCAACAGCGAGCACAUACAGACAAAGUUCGAUUGCUCGGUCGAGUAAAUACUUUAACAGCAGAGACAUCGAAGACAACGCCAUCGAUUUUGAAACGAGACGCUCGAACCACUGGAAUACAAUCGUAUGACACAAGAACAAAUAGUUGUUCAUCAUCAACACUGGAAACUGACUCGAAUGAACUUAAAUCUCAUCAAUCAUUGAAGAUCAUUACCGAAGUCGAUGAAACGAAUAUUGAAGAUAUUCUAAAUCUGUCGAGUAUAUCACGCUUACCAACAACGUUUCUCACAGAAAUUCGCGAAGAUAAAAUCUAUGAGACAAUCUAUAAAGAAAUUCAAAAGAAACUACCGUUCGAACACGUUGUCCAGAUCCCACCAGUGCUAAAGUUAACAGAACAAGAACCACCGUCAAAGCAACCGAUCACAAUCGAUGACGACGAAGUUUUUGAUGAUGAUCCAAGUUUCGCAAAUGAUGUUUCAUCACCGACGGCCAGUGACAAGCCACACUCACCAUCGCAAGAUGGUUAUGAUACUGACAUUGAAUCUGAAAGCGUUAUUUCAUCCAGUCGUGAUCUGACCGGUCGAACUCAGUAUCGUGAUGCAUGUUUGCAAGCAAAAAUCAUCCCGUGCUCAUAUUUUCUGGCACACAUACAAGAUCGAGAGAUGAUAUUACGUUAUCAUCAAUUCAGUACGGAAGAUGUACGAGCAAUUGCGAAAGCUCUCAGUUCAAACAUUUGCAUUGAGCGCUUGUUCCUAGAUGGAAACUAUUUGCAGCAACAAGCUUCGAAAUACAUUUCUGAUAUGAUGGUAACCAAUGAUUUCAUUACUGAACUGUCCCUUGCGGAUAAUCGGCUUGGCGGUGGAGGAGAAAGUAUCGCGGAAAUUUGUAGGAUGCUAACAAUCAAUCGAAAUUUAAAAAAGAUCAAUUUAUCUGGAAAUAGAUUCAACGACAUGGAUGCUACUCUAUUAAUAGAUGCAUUUGAUCAUAAUAGAACACUUCGAGAACUUAAUUUAAGUCACAAUUGUUUUGGUGAAGAGUGUGGAAAAGCCUGGGGCACAUUUAUCAGUGGAAAUGAAACAUUGGAAAUUAUCGAUCUCAGCUGGAAUAAUAUUCGCGGACGAAGUGCAGUCGACAUUGCCAAUGGAAUUAAAGAGAAUGUUCGUUUGAAAAGGUGUAAUCUGGAGAUGAAUGGCUUUGGUCCUGAUGGUGGAAAGAUCUUAGCUGAUUGUAUUCAUCAAAAUGGUGCAUUAGAAGAAUUGAAUAUCAGUUCGAACCGACUGAAUACACAAAACGCAUUUUCGAUUGCUCAAGCAAUACUUGUCAAUGAUUCACUUCGAGUUUUGAAAAUUGGAAAUAAUCAAAUCAAUUGUGACGGAGCACUAGCAAUAUUUCUUUGCGUGAAAGCAAACGAAUCGAACAUCUUAGGCGAAGUGGAUUUUUCGGAGACGGUCGUCACACAAGAAGCGUUGGAUACAUGUGAAGAUAUUAUAAAGUUAAAAGAUGGUAAAUUCCAGUAUCGGACAGGAAAGGUGACGCCGCGAAUCCUUCAGCCGAAUUCGAUCAGUGAAUGUUAUAUCAAAACGGAUGCCGAUUACCUAAAGAAACUUCGUACAAAAGCAGCAAAUGCAAAAGCACAUUUUUCAUGA